AUGACGUCCCAGCACCCUUUUGACCCGCUCACGGGAAAGGAGAUCCAGUUGGCCGCCGAAAUCCUCCGAAAGCACCAUGCCAACCCCACAGACAUCCUCUUCCGGGCCAUCACCCUCAGCGAGCCACCCAAAGCCGCCAUGAUACCCUUCCUAGACCAGGAACACGCCGGCGAGCACCCCAAACCGCCAGCCCGUGUCGCCCGGAUCCUAGCCCACGUUAACGGCGCCUUUACCGAGUUCAAGGUCAAGCUAGACAAGGACUCCCAGGGAGUGAUCUCCGAGAAACCCCUACCUGGCCGGCACUCGCAUAUCGAUGGUGCGUAUAUGCGCCGGGCGGAGCAGGCAUGUCUGGCGGAUCCGGGGGUCCAGGAGCAGGUGGCUGCGUUGAAGCUGCCCAAGGGGGCGACGGUGGUUGCGGAGCCGUGGUCGUAUGGGACGGACGGGAUGAAUGACAUGUCGCAGCUUGUGACUAUGUGCUGGUUCUACAUGCGCAUGACAGAAGACCCCGACGCCAACUACUACGCCUACCCGCUCGAUCUCUGCGUCAAAAUGUCCCACGACCUGCGCGUCGUCAAGAUUUUACAUCUACCCUCGGGAAACCAACACGACCGUGUCACCGAAUCCACCGCCACCGGGGAGAGGAGCACCACCACAUCCAAAGAAUACGACCACCGCAAACUACACACCGGCAGCGAGUACUACCCAACCCUCAACAACCUCCCGCCCCCGCGCACAACCACCCAACCCUACCACGUCACUCAACCCCACGGCCCGUCCUUUGUCGUCGACGGCCAUAAGAUCGCCUGGGAGAAAUGGCACUUCCGCGUGGGCUUCAACUACCGCGAGGGCAUGACCCUGCACGACAUCCGCUUCGACGGCCGCUCCCUCUUCUACCGUCUGUCCUUGGCCGAGAUGUUCGUCCCCUACGGCGACCCCCGCACACCCUACCCUCGCAAAGCCGCGUUCGACUUGGGCAAUGACGGCGCUGGGCUGUGCGCGAAUAGUCUAGCGCUGGGGUGUGAUUGUCUAGGGUGUAUCAAGUACUUUGACGGCUGGCUCGUGGGGGGGCCGUCGGGUCUCCCGCUGAAGGUUCCCAAUGUGAUCUGCUGCCACGAGAUUGACGACGGGAUCCUGUGGAAGCACACCAACUUCCGCACGGGCAACGCCGCCGUGACCCGGUCCCGGGUGUUGGUGCUGCAAACGGUCAUCACGGCGAGUAACUACGAGUACAUCUUCUGUUUUUACUUUGGUCAGGACGCUUCGCUGCACUACGAGGUGCGCGCCACGGGGAUCUUGUCCACAGCCCCUGUUGACUUGGACGCCCACGGCCGCAACAUCUCCGUCCCCUACGGCACGACCGUCGCGCCCGGGGUUCUAGCCCCUUUUCACCAGCACCUGUUCUGUCUGCGCAUCGACCCAGCCGUCGAUGGGCACGCCAACUCGCUGCUCGUGCACGAGUCCCACGCCCUGCCGGCCGACGAUCCAACAGCACCAGACCCAGCCUUGGCACAAAACAACCCCCACGGCGUAGGGUACGUCACGACACAGCAGUACGUCGAAGACGAGACGGGCCUAGACCUGGACUUCACCACCAACCGGACAUUCACCAUCGUCAACGAGGCGCGACGGCACCCCUUUACGGGUACGCCAGUCGGGUUCCGGCUGAUGCCGUGGUACAGCCAGACAUUGUUGGCGCAGCCGGGGAGCUGGCAUGCGAAGCGGGCGGAGUUUGCGAGGCAUGCGGUUUGGUUGACGAGGUAUCCUCAUGGAAGCAGCAGUGAUAAUCAUGAUGAUGAAAGGGAUGAGUUAGACGAGAUGUUUCCUGCGGGGCGAUUUACGAUGCAAUCGGCCGGUGGUGAGGGGAUCGCGUCGUGGAUUGAGGGGAGGAAGAAGCAGAAGAAGCAGGAGGAGGACGGCCAAGAGAGUACCGAAAAAGAAGAAAAGGGAAACGCACGCAACACAGACAUCGUGGUGUGGCACACGUUUGGGUCAACACACAACCCCCGCGCCGAGGACUGGCCUGUCAUGCCUGUCGAGAAGAUGGUUGUCGGCUUGAAACCGGUCAAUUUCUUUGAGCGGAAUCCUGCGCUGGAUGUGCCUGUUGCGACGCAGGAGCGGAAUCGGAGUGUGUUGGUGGAUGAUGCAGAUGCAAGUGGAAUGCGCGAAGGUGAUAAUGGAAAGGGGAAGGAGUGUUGUGUUUAG